AUGCUAAUUGAUCAAGGGGCCGUUACAAUGAACGAAUGGCCACACGCCUGCGGGUUAUCAGACGUCCCACACAUAGAAAGCCUGCAAGAAAAAUCACAAUGCGCCCUCGAAGAGUAUUGUCGGAGUCAAUAUCCAAACCAACCAACGAGAUUUGGCAAACUUCUUUUACGACUACCAUCGUUACGGACUAGAUAUCAACGAGAAGCGCCCGAAGAUGCUGUAACGUCCUCUAGCGAGUUCCAGGACACGGAGCCGACGACAUCCGAAGAUUACUAUGGAUCGCGGAACAGAGACAGUGAUAGAAUCGAUCCUUGUCCAACGUUCGAUCCAAUAUCGGCGUUCUACCCGCCAAAAACAAAUGAGCACGACUUUGAAACGAAUUGCGAUCAAAAAAACGCUCAAAAAACGUCUAUGAUGAUCGACAACCUCCUCAACAUUAGAAGUGAGUCUUGUUCCCAAGCGGACAUAAAA